GAUCAGACGUCCCCGGCUCCGGCAGCCCGUUCACUCCUUCAGAAGCUCCAAAGUCUCGGGCCCCGGACUAAUGCCAGCCCCUGGACGUGCGGCCCCGCCCCGAGUCCGCCCUCGCUCUUAGCACGUGACCGCGGCCCUGCGCCUCCGGGGCGGGAGGGCCCUUGCCUAGCGAGAGCAGAGCUCCGCCCGCCCCGAGGAGGGCGGAGAGAAGGCUGGGCCACAGCUCGUUCGCUCGAGGACUGGAAGCCGGGCUGUGGGCGGAACGUGAGGCGAAGGGCACCGUCGCAUCUCGCCUCCGCCACGCCGACCCGGACGUAGGGCCUAGCGUCAUUCUACUUCCCGUCUCCCACCUCUGACGGUUUUGCUACCGUCACGUGACGAGCUCUCGUUCACGUGGAGAAAGUUCUCUCUCUUCUCUCCCCCCACACAUCUCCCACUGCGGAAGGCUACGACUGUGGGAACCUUGGGACAGAUUAACUGGGUCCUUCAAACCCUGUCUGGUUACCGAAGCUAAAGGAUGCUCCCCAGAGCUGGGAUCUAUUACUUUCCUUGGGAGAUCAGUUCUGGUGUAGUCCCAGAAGGAGAAACCGUGAGAACAUUUGGCAGGUUCCAUUGUUAUGAUAUGGUUCGUUCCAGAGUUACUUUGGUUGCUCAGCAUGAAUCGGUCCAGCAUCAGGUCCACAUCUGCACCAAGUUGGUGGAGCCGUUCCAAGCCCAGACAGGGUCCCUGUAUAUGGUACUUGGGGAGCACGAACUGAGUGAUGAUAAGGUUUCCAUGGUAAAAGCUCGUGUGCUGACUUGUGUGGAGGGGAUAAACCUGCCUUUGUUAGAACAAGCCAUCCAGAAGCAGAGGAAGUACCACCAGGAGAGGGAACCUCAUCAGCAAGGGAAAGGGAGCCAAGAACAUGGGCAGGAGAGCAAGGACAACUCCUAGUUCUGGCUUGCACCCAGACCCGUACUGCUUUGACAGAUUGGUUGGUCUUUGCCUGGAGCAGAGAUGUCGAUCUGGCCCCUGUCCCUUACUUGUUUUCAUGCUGUGCCAGAGGAAACAGUGUGCCAAGAAGAUGAAUCACCAUAUUGUAAUACUGGAAGGAAUCCUCAGGGAGGGCAGCACGAAUCCUAGAGGCAAGCAGAUAGAGCCCACCCCAGAGAUCUGGGGGAGCAGAUUUAUGGCAUUCCAACAUUCAUCUGUUUCUCUCCAUCAUAGCCCACAUGAUAGUGUGAAAACAGAACUAUAAGGGACUAACUCUUUUCCUAAAGAGCCUACUUGUUUUCCCAGACACAUUUUUUUUUUUUGUGAUGAUGGGACUGGGGGAAGGUCAAUGGAAGCAAUACAUUUUUUUUUUUUUCCUACAUGGCUGGGUACUUAAUAAUAUUGGGUGGUUUUUGUGUGACCUUUGGUCUAACCCUCCCUAUCCCCUUUCCAUUUGGACCAGGUUGGAUCCUUGUGGGCUUGACCCCAAGAAGAUAAGUUUCUUUCUUUGGUUACCACCUCUACCUUCAGAGAUUUACUCCAGGGAAUUCUCUCUCUCUUUUUUUUUUUUUUUGGUGGGGCAAUGAGGGUUAAGUGCCUUGCCCAGGGUCACACAGCUAGUAAGUGUCAAGUGUCUGAGGCUGGAUUUGAACUCUGGCC